AUGGUUUACUUCCCAGACGAAGAGCCAUUUGAGAGCCAAGUCCCGAAUCUCUGGCUGUCGAGUCGCAAAAGCACGCCGGCUUUCAAGUUCUCCAAGCGCGGCAAGGCCGCCUUCGGAAAGGCCAAGAAGAAGGCGAAGCGAGCCGCAGAGCCUGCUGGAAAGGAGGCAGAGGCUACUGUGGGAUCCAGCGAGUCCGGCGAGAGCAACCAGGAGUUGCUAGCAGCCGCGCCUCUGGAGCUGGAGUCUUGGAACGGGUACCCUCUAGCUGGCAUGCCGCAGGAGGCGCUGCCGCCUCCCGGAUGCUCAGGCCUGCACUCCUACACCGUGAAGGCUCUGAUCCUUGGCACUAGUGUGAGUAUAGAUGUUCUCAUGCGAGGCAAGGCCUUUUAUAUAAAAAGACCAGAAAUCUGCAAGGGGCAGCACCGCUGGUCGAAGCACAGCAGCAUCACGGAGUGCUGGGUUCAGUGCCUUGAAAAAAUCAAGGACACGCUAAGGGACGAGAAGGACGCUGUGCCAAAUUUGGAGUGA